AUAAAACCAGGCCUUGAAGAGUGGCGAACAAUUGUGAUUGCGACGUCGCUUGAAGCACCAUCCAAAAAGCUGGGUGGCUGUGCUGCUUGUACAGUUUAAGAAAUAGAGGAUAACUUGGUAAAAGUGAUGAACCAUGUACAAAGAAGGGUCUCCUCAGCCAUCCCUCAAGUUUUUGGAUUUGCAAACAGGUCCUUCAAAUCCUUAAAAACACCUGGAGAGUUCCUCGAUUCCUCCUCUCCUUGUCUCACUCAUGGCAUCCACGUUUUUCAUUGCCCAGAUGCAGUUGGUAUUGUUGCCAAGUUAUCUGACUGCAUUGCUUCAAGAGGUGGCAACAUUCUUGGUGCUGAUGUUUUCGUACCUGAGAACAAGAAUGUUUUCUAUUCUAGAAGUGAAUUUGUAUUCGACCGAAUUAAGUGGCCACGAGCUCAAAUUGAUGAGGAUUUUCUCAAACUGUCAAAAAUGUUCCAUGCAAUGAAAUCUGUUGUUCGGGUGCCUGAUCUGGACCCCAAAUUCAAGAUUGCUGUUCUUGCUUCAAAGCAGGAGCAUUGUUUGAUUGAUUUAUUACAUAGGUGGCAGGAUGGAAGAUUUCCAAUCGAAAUAACCUGUGUAAUAAGUAAUCAUGAAAGAGGCCCAAAUACACAUCUGAUUCGCUUUCUUGAAAGGAACGGUAUUCCUUAUCAUUAUUUGUGCACGACCAAAGAGAAUAAGAGAGAAAUGGAGAUCUUGGAUCUGGUUAAGGAUACUGAUUUUUUAGUACUUGCCAGGUAUAUGCAGAUAUUAUCUGGUAACUUUUUGAGGAGCUAUGGGAAAGACAUAAUAAACAUUCAUCAUGGGCUUUUGCCAUCAUUUAAGGGUGGGCAUCCAUCCAAGCAGGCUUUUGAUGCGGGUGUAAAGUUAAUUGGCGCAACUACACACUUUGUGACUGAAGAACUUGAUGCAGGGCCUAUUAUUGAACAGAUGGUUGAGUCAGUUUCCCACAGAGAUAAUUUACAGAGUUUUGUGCAGAAAUCAGAGAACCUUGAGAAACAAUGCCUUGCCAAAGCUAUAAAGUCAUACUGUGAAUUGCGAGUUUUGCCUUUUGAGACAAACAAGACAGUUGUAUUUUGAGGUGAACGCAAGGAGACAAAGCUCUUGAAAGUUGUUUAUGUUUUGACACCGCUUUGUAGAAAUAUGUUUAUACAUACCUGGCAAGUGAAAGUCAACAAGUACUAUUCUUUCCUUCUUCUAUUGGUUGCUAAGUCGAUCAUACAUUGUUUAAUCUCAUUUCCACGUUCUGUUUCACAUCUUCUGAAAAAUUAUUGUAGAAAGUUUUUCAAGCUAGUGCCAUAUGCUUGUGGGGUUUCA